UGUGUUUCCCCUCCUUGCAGGUCACGUGGGUGGAGCAGCAGACGGAGAAGCGGCGGUUCAAGAGGGACGGCAUCAUGGAUCCUGACAGCGGGGCAGCAGCAGCCGCCGCCAGGCAUCCUCGUCAGUUCACGGAUUUAUCAAGCUUCUUCCGGUCCCAUCCACCGACUCCCUCCCGCCGGGGCUCAAGCAGCCAGUUCCCGGACCCUCUCUACGACCAGCAGUGGUACCUGAAGAAGGGCGCCAUGGGGGGCUUCGACCUUAACGUGGCGCCGGCGUGGGCUCGUGGCUACACCGGGAAGGGCGUCGUGAUCUCCAUCCUCGACGACGGCAUUCAGCACAACCAUCCGGACAUCGCGCAGAACUACGACCCCAGCGCCUCCACGGACAUCAAUGAUAACGACAACGACCCUUUCCCUCGCGACAACGGCGACAACAGGCACGGAACGCGGUGUGCUGGGGAGGUCGCCGCCGUCGCCUUCAACGACUUCUGCGGCGUGGGUGUGGCUUACAACAGCAGCAUUGGAGGCGUGCGCAUGCUUGACGGCACCGUGAACGACGCCGUGGAGGCGCAGGCCAUCUCCCUCAACCCGGAGCACAUCGACAUCUUUUCGGCAUCUUGGGGCCCUGAGGAUGACGGCAAGACGGUGGACGGCCCCGGACCUCUGGCCAAGCGGGCUUUCAUCAAUGGUGUCAUUAGGGGCCGCCAUGGCAAGGGUUCCAUCUUUGUUUGGGCGUCAGGGAAUGGUGGACGCCACACUGAUAAUUGCAACUGUGAUGGGUACACCAACUCCAUCUUCACUCUGUCCAUCUCCUCUGCCUCUCAGAGAGGGUAUAAGCCAUGGUACCUGGAGGAAUGUUCAUCCACCCUGGCCACCACCUACAGCUCUGGCACACCUGGGCUUGACAACAGUGUGGCCACAGUUGACAUGGAUGGCGCUCUCAGACCCGGGCACAUGUGUACCGUUGAACACACAGGUACAAGUGCCUCAGCCCCACUGGCAGCCGGCCUGUGUGCCCUUGCCCUAGAAGCCAACCCUGACCUAACUUGGCGAGACAUGCAGCAUCUCGUGGUCAUGACUUCCCGCCCUGACCCACUCAAGAAUGAGGAUGGUUGGUUCAUCAAUGGUGUUGGCCGGAAAGUGAGCCACAAAUUUGGCUAUGGGCUGAUGGAUGCUGGGAAGCUGGUGGAGUUGGCUGAGAGGUGGACCACUGUUCCUCCACAACAUGUUUGCCAGAGCGUCAAGGACAGGACAGAAAGAGGUAUCCCCACCAUAAUGGGAGAGUCCGUGGUGGCUGAGAUCACAACUGACGGUUGUGCAGGAACCUCAGCUGAAGUGCGUUAUCUGGAGCACGUCCAGGCACGGGUCUCACUGCGCUUCCUGCCACGUGGAAACAUAAAUAUCAAGCUUUUAUCUCCUUCAGGGACGGCAUCAACUCUUCUGUUUGAGAGACCACGAGAUGUGUUUUCAGAGAAAUUUAAUGAUUGGCCUUUCUUGUCAGUCCACUUUUGGGGAGAAAAAGCUGCAGGGACUUGGAAACUUAUUGUAACAAAUGCAGGAACCCGGCAGGUGCAUCAUCCUGGUGUGCUGAUCCAGUGGCAGUUAAUCUUGCAUGGAACCAGGGAGCGUCCUGGCCGCCUGCGCUCUGAUGAGUUCCACCGUGUGGACCCGUUCUCCUCCAUCUCUCCACCUGUGGCCACUCAGUCCUUCUCCAGACCUGUGUUCAGGGCAUCUAAUAAUCCUUUCACUGCAAGCAUCCUUGAUCAGAUAUUCUCUGGGUCAAGUCCAAAUGCCACCUACGCCACAGCUGACGGGAAUAUUGUGACAGAAACCAAAGAAGCAGCCACACCUGAAAGGGAAGAUCUGAAUAAUUAUGUAGAGUCCGAGGUGUGUCACAGCCAGUGCUUGGGAGGCUGCUCUGGCCCAGGACCAGACAUGUGUAGAUCAUGUGCACACUAUCGGCUAGAAGGGGAGUGUGUUGAAAGUUGUCCAGAAGGGACAUACGCCUCAGAAGGAGGUGACUGCCUUGGGUGUUAUGGUCACUGUGCCAUGUGUAGUGGCCCUGCUCAGAAUCAAUGCUUGGCAUGUCAGACAGGCUACCUCUAUGUUCUCCACAUGGGGCUCUGUGUGGAAGUUUGUCCGGAAGGGUAUUAUGCAGGUAAUGGAAGCUGCUUGAUGUGUGGAGGCCUGUGUGCUGAGUGUACAAAUCCUGACCACUGCCUGAGGUGUAGCCACAACCUGCUUCUCUCCAAUGGUUCUUGUCUCACCACCUGUCCCGAAGGCUUCUUUGAGAACCAAGAUAACACAUGUGGUUCGUGCUUCCCACAGUGCAAAACAUGUGUAGGGGGAAGUAGCUCUGACUGUGCCUCAUGCAAACCCAAUUCUUUCCUUCAUAAUGGAAAGUGUGUAUAUCGGUGCCCCAAAGGUUUGUAUGGAGACCAAGGCUCUCGGAGUUGCAAAACAUGCCCCAGUGGGUGUGCCUCAUGCAUGGGUGACUCCUGCAUUACCUGUAGUGAUGGCUGGAGGAUGAAGGGCAUCCAUUGUGUUGCACAGCCAAGCCGGUGCACCAUACGAUACUUUUCUGCUCCAAAUGGAAGCUGCCAGCCAUGCCAUCCUUCCUGCCUCUCCUGCACUGGGAACACUGCCUCAGAAUGUCUUCACUGUGAACAGUCCUACUAUCUGCACAAUUCUCAGUGUGUUCAGGAAUGUCCCGAGGGAUUUUAUGGAAAUCGUGGCCGAUGCUUGCCAUGUCGCCACGGGUGUCAGUCCUGCUCCUCAUACACUUCAUGUAGCCAGUGCUCUUUUCCCUUCCUUCUCUACAACAACAGCUGCAUUGCCUCUUGUCCUGCAAGGUUCUUCAGAGAUAGAGGAGUGUGUUCUUCCUGUGAAGAAAACUGUAAAACAUGUUAUGGGCCUCGAGGAGACCAGUGUGCCUCAUGCCUUAAUGGUUCAUUUUUAUUGAAUACAUCCUGCCAUGGUUCUUGUCCAUCCUCUCACUACCCAGAGGGAGCAGAAUGCCUUCCCUGUUACCAAAACUGUUUGACUUGCAGAGGUUCAGGCCUCUAUGACUGCACCUCCUGCCAUGACUUCUUCACACUUGAUGGUGGGAUGUGCAUUGAGUGUCCGUCUGGGCAAUACUAUAACCUUAGUUCAAAAGCAUGCGAGACGUGCAGUGGUACUUGCCUGACUUGCUCUUCUGGAGGAGACAAUGGUUGUACUUCCUGCCAGCCACCCAAGUCUCUUCACCCGGAGACCAGCACCUGCAGAGAGUGUUGUCCUCCAGGGGUGUAUGAGAAUGAUGAUGAAGCCUCUUGUUGUUCUUGUGAUCCUGCAACUGGCCAGUGUUAUGGUGCUGUCUCGGCUGACAAGAGAAGAAUAGCCCUAAGCCUUCACUCCACGCCUCAGCAGUCUCCACACAAACAGCUUUACUUUUACUCAGUUACUACACUCAUCGCUGCCAUUUGUUUUGUCAAUCUUGUGAUAUUUGGUGCAGUGUUCACCGUGCUCCAGGCAAGAUCAACAGGAUCCCUGUGCUGGGCAAAUGACUAUUCAUACAGAGGUUUAAAAUCUGCGAACACUUUAGAACGUGUGUCCUUAACAGUAACACCUUUUAUAGAGGAUGAAUCUGAAGAAGAAAGAGAAAAUACAGUACUCUAUCUGAAAACCUAGGAAACUAAUAAGUGAUAAUUGAAUGUGUGAGUUUUUAUCCUGCAAAAAGGUAAUGCAAAAGUUCUACCUAGCAUUAAAACAAGUGUUGAUUGUACCUGUCAUGAUGACUUCAUGUUAGAUCCUUCCCUUAUAUAAGAAUCCUCAGGUUGUUUUUUUAGAUCAAGGCAAAUACUGUAUGUUUUGUGCCCCGUGAUUGAGGCAGAACUUUUUUAUGUGUGUCCAAAAACCACAGGACUGUUUCUUAUGAAAAAGUAUUAGUAAGAAGAAAUUUUCUGUGGUAAUGAGGAAUGCUUCACAUCUGAGACAGCCUCACUCCAAGGCACUAGCAUAUCAUGGGCGAUGACCUGUAGGUGAACUUACAAGAUCCUGAUGUACCAGACAAAGUCCAACAUAAGGAUUUACUGUCCUGCAAGAUUAAUCCAGCAGUUACAUUGAAGCACUGGGACUGUGUAUUACUCCAGUAAACUGUACAUGAGAAAAAUCUUGGGAUGUUGAAAACUUGACUAGCAUAUAGAAGUAAUGGUGAAAUUGGUUUCCUCAAAUAAGUUUUGUAUGUCAGGAUUUGUAAAAAAGGGUCAUAGUUCAUCUGACUUGUGACUGAAUUGGUUUGUUUCAUUGGAAUUCUUUUUAUAUAAUCAUGUUGCUGUAUUUGCAUUACAUUAUAUACAACAUAAAUUAGGUUGUAUUCUUUCUUUCUUUAAAGUUCUACUUUAAUUUAUCAAGUUUCUUUUAAUGCUCAGAGCAUGCUACAUGUUGGGUCUGUGAAGAAGUCUUUUGUCAGUUGCAAAAUUACCAAAAGAAUGUGGUGUGUGAGAGAGAUAAUCCUUAUGAAUCUUCUUUUAAGUUAAUAAGUCUUUCGUGCUGUCCUCACAAAAUACUCUAUUAUAAUGCUGAAUUAGUCUAAGAACCCUUAGUUCAAAAGUUUCAUAACAAUGAGUGGUAUGCAUUAAAGCUAAUACUGGAGCCGUACUGAAGCUAAAUUGUCAUGGCAUUUUUCAUCAUAAUGGCAAUUUUUAUACAUUAUAAGAAAAUUGAUGAUAUGUACUUAUAUCUUUAAUGAAAGAUAAUUUCUCAGGUUAUAAACAAAUUUUAUUUCAUCAGACUUGUCUCCCUUUUCUUGUAACUCGUUCAUUUUGGUGUAUGAAGAGCAACCUGGAAUGAUUAUCAAUAAAAGUGACUGAAAAUAAUAAUUAGACAAAAGAAACAUGAAAGAUGGGGACAUUCAUUACCUUGUAAACUUUAAUGUACAUAAUGGAAAAGUAAUGUAUGAAAAUAGUUCUUGGUUUGAUUAUUAUGGCUUUUAAUAUUGGCAAAUAGCAGAUAAAAAUUGGCUAUGAACAACAGUUAUGUAAAUACCUUUAAGAAAAUAAGCACAUCAUGUCCUUUGUAUUACCAAGUUUACUGAAAGUAUGUUUAAUUAAGCAUUGCUGUACUAACUGCUGUGCAUUGUUCAGAUUCCUUUCAGACAGAUUCUUCUUGAAAGUAAAAGAAAGUUGAUCAGAAUCUCUGAUAAGAACAUUUACAGUGACUGAGUGCCCUCAUUUUUCUCCACAACUAAUAGUAACUGAUCUCGGAUCUUUACUUAGUCUAAGUUUGGAAAGCAAUAUGCUUUUUUUUUUUUUUUCCAACAUUAUGCAAUGGAAGACAGAUACAAUGCUCUGUAACACUUCAUUGUCACAAACAGUAGUUUAACCACAGUUCAUAUUUCUAUAAUGCAUAAGAUGCAACAUAAGCUCUCUUAGGCAUGGAAUCACUAUAUAUAUAUAUUUUUUUUUUUUCUUAAUGCAUACAACUCGUAACUAUUUUAAGGUCUGAAGUUAGUGAGACCAAACUAAUUAAUGAUUGUAAUAAUAUAUGAUCACUCCUAUGAUUUUAAUUGUUUUGCUCUAUAGUUAACCCAAUAUAUGUGAGAAAUUUUCAUUGGAGGAUUGAGAUCACUAAUAUCUGAUAGCGUUUCCAGUAAUAUUAACAAUCAGAAAUAAUACAUGUAUAAUGUUUAAGAGAGCCUUUGGUCUCCUCUUCAGUAUAUGGGAACAAUUUCACCAAUAUUGUAUGUAAUGUUUUGUACUUGUUGGUUACAUUAAUAGUAUAAUCAUUUCAUGAAAGGUGCAGUAAAAAAUUAAGACAAAUUCAUUAAUAAGCCAUUUACCAGACAUUUAAUUUGAGUAUGCAUAUGGAAAAUUUAUAAACACUGUACAUUUUUAUAUUUUUAUACAAGGUUAAGAAAAAUCAUUUAUAAAAUUUGUGAAGCAUUCAUCAGUAAUUCACAGUUUUAAGUAUAGACUUUCAGGAUGUUAUUUAUGUAAAAGAAGUAUGGUGCUGUUGCAAUAUUAGAUCUUAACUCUUGUGAUAACCACCGGGCAUCACUGACCCACUUUGACUUAGGACGUCAGUCUUGUUUGCUUAGUUGUUUCUUUUGACCAAGUAAGAAACAUAUAUGUAUGAACCAUUAAACUUGUAUAGUUUGGGGAACUACAAACAAUAACUGUAAAAAAUAACAUGGUUAAUAGGAAAACAUGUAUUGAGAAAUCUGUGAUGGAAGGACAAGCUCACCAGUGUGUGGACAGUAGCUGGUGGUGACAUGUUUAGGAAAGGCUGAUGUUUGCUGAUUGUGUUGUAGUGUACAGUGAAGUUACCAUAGUAUAUACAUAUGUGAUAUUGAGCUUCUAUGUGACAUCUGAAAAAAGAAAAAGAAAACAAUUCUAGUCAUAAAUCCAUUUCUGAGGCAUUUAAUGGUGACUAGUAAUGACAAACUAAUGAGGAGCUGCUGAGGAGAAGGUAAUGAAAGAGUGGAUGACUUGACAAAGAUAAUGACGAACAGCAAAUAGUCAUGGAACAGUCUCUAGUGUAGAUGUGUUUCAUGUCACAAACAAGGACAUAAUGCCUUGUCAUAGGGUGGCCUUAUGAUUAACAUUAGGUAGUACUUUUAUAUUGCCCAUAGUAGAAGUGUGGAUGUAUGACCAAGUUUUACAUACAUGUGUUUAUAGUUGUCUUCAUUUUAUUUUGUUCAUGUGUACCAUUGUCUUCCUUAAUUUUUCUUUAUUCAAGAAAAUGUGAUAAAACUUUACAAAUGUGUACGUAUCUGCAUCAAAUGUAGUUCAUAACUUAUUGCAGUGUUUAUAUCACAACAGCUAAUGAAAAGAUUUUUUCUCACAUUCUCUAGGUAUUGAAAUAUGAUUUCUGAAAAUUUUCAUCUCUAAAAAUGUAUCUGAAGUUAGUAUAAAAUCAUAUAUAUGAAAAUAUUACAUUGUUUACGGUUUUGUUAGGUUUUAAUCAGGAUACUGUAUAAAGCUAAGGAAUUUCAUAUAUGAAUUUAUAGAAAUACAUUGUUGAGAAAAUCAUAUCAGCCACUUUCAAAGCUAUCAACAUAAACAUUUAUAUGCUAUAUUUAUUUCUCAAAAUAUGUAUUUGCUAAAUAAUAAACUGUAAUUUUCUCAAGUGAGGAUAAAUAAGUUAAUACUUCAUGUACAGUGUUGUAUUCCAGAACAAGGAUGCUGCUUCUUUUGUCAAACUAUGCCGGUAUUGAUAAUGGAAUGUAUGAUUUCUUAAGCAUUUUAAUUUUGUUAAGUCAUAUGAUAAGAAGCUAGCAUAUUAAUUCAUAUCAGACAUGUUAAUUGUAUUUCAGAAAAGAAAAACAUACGUAUAUACAUUAGUUUAAUUCUGCCCAUCACCUUAACACCUAGAUCCUGGCCUAGGUAACUAGUCAUUAUACUACUGUAUGAAUAAAUCAGAAUCAGUAGGUCAAACCACAUAUACUGAGACGACUUAGGGUGCCAGAGUGUGGAAUAGUUUUUAUAUAUGCUUGGUAUCCUGUACACUUUCAAACCAGCCAUGUACAAGGAUUAUGACUAAUUUAGCUUCUUGGGAUGUUAUGGCUCAUACAACUGUGUGAAUGUGAUUUUGUAGGUGUCAUGAUAUUACUGCCCCUUAUCUGAAGGUUCAGUUUUGGGUAAAUACUACUUAACAUUUUUCACAACUGCAUAUUAUGGAGUGUCAUGUGCAAUAGAACAUCAAAAGCAAACAUGUGCUGUGUCUGUUGAGUUUGUAUGUCAGUAUAUGUAUUCCUUAUUAGUUAUGUAUCAACAGACAACACCUGCUUCUGGGGAAAGUAAAAAAGCUAGGCUAUAUCAAAUGUUAAUUGCCUUAUCAUAUGAACUAGUGAUAUAAAACUGUUAUAUACAUACAUAUUCAUACUAAGUAAAUUCAACUUUGGCUCAUUAUUUUAUUUAUUUAUUUAUUUAUUAUUAUUUUAUUUUAUUUUUUUUUUACUUUUUUUCUUUUUCCCAUAAAUAGUGAUAUGCACUUUUCUAAGAAGGUAGCCACGAAAGUUGCAGUGCUGUGUUCAGUAGUGUCCACCUCCCGUCCUCCCACCGUGCGGGGCUCAGUGUUACAUUGCUGUGAGGGGCAGGUGCUCAUGAGGCCCACCAUGAGUCUAGGGCAGUAUUAUUAUUACACAUAAACUUUACUGUUCACAAUCUGUGCGGUAAGACCGUGAAUGACAUAACAAUAUAUAAUCUGUACAUAUCUUAGGAAUAUAUAUAUUUAAUAAAAGUGUUAUACGU